CCCUGCCCUGCCGGCCCUCCGCGGGGCGGGGGAAGCGGAGCCUCCGCUCCAUGGUGGUGACCGCCCUGGAGGACGCCGCGGCGCCAGGUUUUUGACAUGGCUGGGUUUGGAAGAGUUGCUUGUGUGGCAAGAAUAUACUUGGCCUCAGUGACCUACUGCCACGUAUCUGCUCUCUGGUGGAAAGCAUGAAAAUAUUGAUGUUUCCAAGCGGGUAGAAAAAAAGCACUUUUUAACUGCUCUUGGAAACGACUGAGCCAUUUCUGCUGGCUGUGACUACUUUGUAAGAAGAUGAGGAACAAAAAGCAGUGCAUUCAAGAUACAGAAGGUCAAAAGCAUGAAGGCAUGGAAGGUGAAGAAACAGAAGAGAGCUGUUCUUGUUCUACUUUAUUACAUGACGGUGACACGUGCCCCAUCUGUCUGAACUGCCUUCUGGAACAGGAGAUUGGUUUUCCUGAGAACUGUAGUCAUGCUUUCUGCAUGACUUGUAUUCUUAAAUGGGCUGAGACACAGGCUUCGUGUCCUAUUGAUCGCAGACCAUUUCGAGCAGUAUGUCAGCUUGGUGCUUUAGAAGAUCAGAUAAAGAUUCAGGUAGAAAAACAACAAAAGAUAAAGAAAGAGGAGGAGUACUGUACCUGGAAUAAGGAAAAAUAUAGCCAUGCAAAGAUAAGAAGAUUCCUGAGAAGAGCUGUGUGUUCAGACAGAGGGUCCUUAGCAGCAAAAUUGAGGAAAGUUGUGAAGAAGAAAUGCAGUAGUCUUUUGUCUGACAAACAAAACAAGAAAGCUCUGUCUGUGAAGGUAAGCAAGACGAGAAGACAGACCUGCUGGAAUGAGUGCUUCAGCACUAGUUUCCAUAGUGCCCUUCCAGCCAAUGGUAGCAGUGAAGAAUCCUUUCUUAGCUGUAGAAAUGACUGUACAGAAUUCACAGAUGUCAAUGCAUUGAUCAGGCAGAAGAGACAAGAGCUGGAAUUGUCCUGUUCAUCAGUGCUUGCUAGAGUUGAAAGAAUUCCUUUGGUGUCUUAUGGAGCUGAAGCUGAGACCUUUCUUCUCACUUCUACUGCAGUGGCAGGGACAGUUCUUCCAACAAAUAUCAGGCCUUUGGAAAACUUUGAAUCUUUAGGGAAAGGUUAUGCUGUUGCAUGCACCCAAGAAGGAGAAGAGAAAAAGCAAGCAUCAGGUUCAUCUGGCACUAGGGGAGGUAGAAGGAAGUCUGCUAAUGCUACUCCUAGAAGAAGGUCUGCACGGAACACCAGAAACGAGACCCUGAGUCAGUGUCGGAGCUCACCUCGGUCAAGCAGUUCUGGGUGCAGCGCCCCUGAUGGCAAUAAUCCACCUCUGAAUAAAUCCUUUUUGGAAUCAGAGAACGUUCUUCCCAAACGAAAAACAAAAAGAAUAGGUAAACAACGAACACCUCUGGCUAAAAAGAAACUGAGAAGUUCUGCACGUUCUGAAAAAUCAUCCAGUGAUUCCGUUGAUGAUGAUGAUGAUGCUGAGUCUGAAGCGGUUCUUACAGUAGAUAGAGACCAGCAGUCAGAUAACGAAAGCAGUAGUGCAAGCCUUCCACAGAAAAAUGAUGCAGAAACAGAGUCUGCUAAUGGAUUAGAAAGCUGUAAUGAACAUGCAGAGAUUGAGGAAACUACAGGAGAACAUGAGGAAGAUACUUCAGGCAAUGGUGACGUAAGUUUUUCUGUCCAAGAAUCUACAGUAUUGACUUUAGGAGGAGAAAGUCAGGAAUUUGAAAUAAAAGAUCUUAAUGAAAAAACCGUAGAACUUGAGAAUCAGGGCGCCUGUAAAAAUACUCCUGAACAAAUGGAAACAGCAACUAGCCCCAGAGAUAAACUGUGUGACCCUGCAACAUCUGAAAAUUUACAUGAGACGUUGUGUACUCCUCAGGAAGAAUUAAUUGAGAAUAUAGAUACAAAAAUACAUAAACCAAUAACUAGUCCAGAAAAUGAAUUACUGGAACAUCCAGAGACUUUGGAACAAGAUCAGCCAUUAGAGAGCCCCAGAAGCAAAUUGCAUGAGCAUAUAGAAACCAUACAAGUCAAUGAUGCUAAGGCAGAUGAAAAGACAGAAGUAGACUGUGCAAGUACAAAUACUCAAGACUUUGAAAGUGAUAAAGACAAGGAACCAGACAGGUUAAUAUAUAAUACUUCUACAGAUGCAUCAGAGCAAGCCUUAAAAGAAAGCCCCGUGCCAGAGUGUGAAAAGAACAGAACUUCAGAGUCACUGACAAUAAAUGCUGAACGUAAGCAUUUUGGUGAGGAUAACAAUGAAAUGAUACCAAUGGAUUGUGACUCAUUUUGCAGCGACCAGAAUGAACCUCAGAUUGAACAGUUGCCACCAGCUGAAAGUGUAGAGCAGGGAAAAAUGGACUCCUUACAGUGUGAUGCAGCAAAUUCUGCUUCAGUUUCAGGAUUGUCUGCUGAAAAAGAUGAAGCUAUUCACCAAGAAGGAGAGUGUCAGUCAGAACCCAAAAAAGAAAAAAAGACUCGAACGAGACGGUCUCGAUUUCAUUCACCAUCAACAACUUGGUCUCCUUCCAAGAAAGAUGGCAGGAAAUCUCAGUCACCAUCUCCUAAAAGGGAGAUGACCAGGGAGAGGAGUUCCCGGUCACCCAAGAAAGAAACUGUUGGGGAGGGAAGGAGAUCCUUAUCUCAGUCUCCGAAAAGAGAGACACUCAAAGAUGAGAGAAAAACACCAUCUCGAUCUCCCAAGAGGGAAACUGUCAGGGAAAGCAGGAGGUCAUCUUCUCGGUCAAGAACAAGGGAUUCAUCUCCAAGACAAAAGUCUAGAUCUCGAAGCAGCGAUAGAGAUUGUCAGAGAAGGGAUCGUGACAGAGAGAGAAGAAAUAGAAGAUGGUCCAGGUCCCGGUCCAGGUCCCGGUCACGAUCUAGGUCGAGAUCACAGUCAAGGACGAGAAAUAAAGGCUCUUCAUUCUCUAGAAAUGAGAGGGAUGGUCAUUCACCUCGUUGGAAAGACAGAUGGGCAAAUGACAACUGGAGGAGUCCCAGAGGGAAUGAUCGGUACAGAAGAAGUGAUCAAGAGAAACAGAAUGAAAGUCUAAAGGAGAAGGACAGUAUGGAAAAAACCAGUGAUGUUCAGUGUUCUCCAGACAAGCGGAGGAAUGAUUGUCCAGACUGGGUAAUGGAAAGGAUAAACUCCAUUCCGGAGGUCAAGAACAGAGACAGACCUCAUUGGGAAGACAGCAGACAUGAUAAUUCAGGGCAGUCUUGGAACAAAAAUUUUGGUUCAGGUUGGUUUCCAAAUAGGGGGAGAGGUCAUCGUGGCAGAGGUGGGCGUGGAAGAGGUGGUUUCGCGUAUGGAGACCAAAGUGAAAAUCACUGGCAGAGUAGAAAACCUCUCUCAGGGAACUCAAAUGGUUCUGGGAAUGAAGCUACAAGGUUCUCAGAGCAGCAGCCAUACAAGCGUAAGAAUGAACAGGAUUCUUUCGAUACGCCUGCUGAUAGAUCUGGGUGGACAUCUGCAUCCAGCUGGGCUGUGAGAAAGACUUUACCUGCUGAUGUGCAGAAUUAUUACUCAAGAAGAGGACGAAACUCAUCAAGCCCACAGUCUGGAUGGGGAACUAGACAAGAGGAAGAGACACUUGAACAAGAUCCAAACCUCAAAGACCAAGGCAACCAGCAAAGUGAUGGUUCUCAGUUACCAGUAAAUAUGAUGCAGCAACAAAUGAAUGUAAUGCCGCAAGUGAAUGCACAGCACCAGCCUAUGAAUAUGUUUCCAUAUCCCAUGGGUGUCCCUCCUCCUAUGAUGAAUAUGCAACGAAAUCCUUUUAACAUCCCCCCUCCAGUGCCCAUCCAUCUCCAUACCGGAGUGCCUCUCAUGCAGGUAGCUGCUCCCACUAAUUUGUCUCAGGGAUUGCCUCCGCCUCCACCUCCACCCCCACCAUCUCAACAAGUCAACUACAUUGCUUCACAGCAAGAUGGAAAACAAUUGCAGGGUGUUCCAAAUGCUGCUCAUGUAAGUAAUAACAUGAGCACUCCAGCCUUGCCUGCACCAGCAGCAGUCCUGGGAAACGUGGGAACUGUUCAGGGACCAACUUCUGGCAACACGACGUCAUCGAGUCACAUCAAGGGCUCUAAUGCAGCUGUGCAGUUGGGAGAAAACAAAGCAAGUGUAACAGUGGAAGCCAGUGCAGAUAGCUCAAAGAAGGACCAGAAAUUGCUAAUUCAAGAAAAAGCAGCACAAGAAGUCAAACUGGCAAUUAAACCUUUCUACCAAAAUAAAGACAUCACUAAGGAAGAAUAUAAAGAAAUUGUGCGGAAAGCUGUAGAUAAAGUUUGUCAUAGCAAGAGCGGAGAAGUUAAUUCUGCCAAAGUGGCCAAUCUGGUGAGGGCCUACGUAGACAAAUACAAACACUCACGGAAGAAGAACGCGGAAGAGGCGGUCUCCUGUGAAAGGAAAUGAUGUCGUUUCAGUUUGUAGUGUUGUUCUCUCUGCAAAGUGCAAUUUCAUCAUGAACCAUUAGCUGAGAAUUGUACACGGCUGUGCUUUGAAUCUGGUUUUGAUAAAAUUAUUUUUCAUGUAGUAGAUAAUGUUUUGUUCUGAAGAAAUACAGAGCUGCAGGGCGACUUCUUUAUUCCUUUUGAAGAGCAGAUGUCUGAAAAAGGAAAAGGUGUAAAGAAGAAUCAUUAGGAAUGUAUGAUUGUGUGGAUACUUAGAUGUACAGCAUUUUGUCUUCAAUGGCAGUGCAUUAAAUUAGAAAUUGGUCUGAAUACGUUGAUUUUUGGAACAGGGAUGUACAGUACCUCUAAUUGGUCAGAUGAAGGGGGAAUUUUUUGUUUUGAUUUCUCGGUAAUAGCAAAGAUGAAAUAAUGUAUUGCCUCGACAGAUACUUUGAGCGCUAACUGGACAGGCUGACCACAGGGCUCACAGCGUGUAUAUAGAAAGCACAUGGAGUUGUCUGAACAGAAGAACUGGUUGGGUUUUAAAAAGAAAAAUCAUGAACAGUAGAACUCAGUGCCCCAACUCAAGGGCACUGCCUAUCUGUUGUAACACCAAAUAAAAGUUAUGCUGCUUGGU